AGGAUCUGCUGCUGCUGCUGCUGCUCGCUGUUUGCCUGUGUGAUGAAAUGAAAUGCCAGGAUUGGGCUACCUCCAGGGAGAGCCUCUCCAUCCUAUAAUGUGAGCCAGCCAGCAGCUCUGUGGGACCAGGGAGACGUUGCAUCCAUCAAGGCUCCAGAAGACCAAACGGGAGGAGCGAGAUCUUUUUUUUUUGAAGAGCCUUCCAUGCUGUGAGGAGAGGGGAUUGUCGUCAUCCCAUCCAUCCUUUCCCCCCUUCUCUGGCGCCCCCUCCUUCCUCUUCUGACUCUACAUUUGCUCUAUCCCCUCUCAUUCUGUGUCAGAGUCGUGCGUUGGAAUAACAAACCUCCAUGUAUGACAAUUUGUACCUGCAUGGAUUUGAAGACUCGGAGGCGGGCUCAGCUGAUUCGUACACUAGCCGACCAUCAGACUCAGAUGUCUCUUUGGAGGAGGAGCGUGACGUGCAGGCCCAGGUCCAGAGCCAGAGCCCAAGCCAGAGCCAGAGCCAGAGCCAAGGACCGGGACAGAGCCGACAGGAGCGGGAGCAGCAGGCCACCGUCCAGUUGGAGAGAGCCAAGACCAAGCCUGUAGCAUUUGCUGUGAGGACCAAUGUCAGCUACUGUGGGGCUCUGGAUGAAGAUGUUCCAGUUCCCGCCACAGCAAUCUCCUUUGAUGCCAAGGACUUUCUCCACAUAAAAGAGAAGUUCAAUAACGACUGGUGGAUUGGACGCUUGGUGAAAGAGGGAUGUGAGAUCGGCUUCAUCCCCAGCCCCUUGAAGCUGGAGAACAUCAGGCUUCAGCAGGAGCAAAAAAGAGGACGAGUGCAAGGUAAGUCUGGAGGGAACUCCUCUUCCAGUGUAGAGGAUGAGGUGUCUGCCUCUAUCCGACCCCUCAUAUCCUCGGCAGGAAAGCAGAAACAGAAAGUGACGGAGCACGUCCCCCCGUAUGAUGUGGUUCCUUCCAUGCGACCUGUGGUGCUGGUGGGACCCUCACUCAAGGGUUAUGAGGUGACUGAUAUGAUGCAGAAAGCACUCUUUGACUUUCUCAAGCACAGAUUUGACGGCAGAAUAUCAAUCACUCGAGUCACAGCAGAUAUCUCUUUAGCCAAGAGGUCCGUCCUUAACAACCCCAGCAAGAGGGCCAUUAUAGAGCGGUCCAACACCCGUUCGAGCUUGGCUGAAGUGCAAAGUGAGAUUGAGCGCAUCUUUGAGUUGGCCCGCUCAUUGCAGCUGGUAGUGUUGGAUGCUGACACUAUCAACCACCCAGCACAACUACUCAAGACCUCCUUGGCCCCUAUCAUUGUCCACGUCAAAGUGUCCUCGCCAAAGGUUCUACAGAGGCUAGUCAAGUCCAGAGGGAAGUCCCAGAGCAAACACCUGAAUGUGCAGCUUGUGGCUGCAGACAAACUCGCUCAAUGUCCACCAGAAAUGUUUGACAUCAUCCUAGACGAGAAUCAGCUCGAAGAUGCCUGUGAGCAUCUUGCAGAAUACCUUGAGGCCUAUUGGAAAGCAACUCAUACCUCCAUGGCAACGCCUCUAAACCCGUUGCUGGGACGCAACCUAGGCCCCAGCACCCUCACAGCGUACCCUACCAGCAUCUCUGGACUGCAGAGCCAAAGAAUGCAACAAAGCAACCACACGGGCGACCAUUCUACUGCAAACGAGCGUCGCAACCUGAUGACAUCUGACGAAAACUACCAUAAUGAACGGGCGCACAAGGGACGCAAUCGAAUGUCGUCAGGCUCGCAGCAUAGCCGAGAAGCGCAGGACCCCUACCAGGACUACCAGGACCCCUAUCAGGACGCAUACAAGCCACACCGCAACCGCAGCUCCCCGGGCAGCUACAGCCAUGACUCCCGGCACCGGCUCUGAACCCUGUUGAGUCAUCAUGGGUGAACAGAAUCCAUCCACAAAUAACUGCUACCACAGAGCCAAGAUUGUCCCAAGUUUUCCCUAUUUUCAGGGGGGUUGUUUGUGGAUGAAACCUCCAAAACAUUCGCAGAAAUUGAAGUUUAAGUUUCAUGAUGCCCAGCCAACUACUGGACCUUCUGGAUCACGCUCAGAAGACAUAUUGCAUUGAUUAUGCUCGCUGCUAUCAGCAGUGGUCACACGGUGCUGAUGUGAUGUCACACCAGGUGGGAAGGAGGUCCACUGGACACAGACCCCUUCCCUAACCAUGUAAAAACCCUCUUUUAGCUUAUUGCAUGCUAAUAGAUGAUGAAGGUCUGCUUCCUUCCUUCCUUCCUUCCUAGAUCUUUGGUAUCUAUCCUGUAGUUCUGUUUUUUUUUUUUGUUUUUUGUUUUUUUAAAUCACUAGCUUGUAGAUGCGUGGUCUGGGGUGGCCUUGGAAAGCGCGUGCACAUUGGAAAUUGUCUUGCGUGCUCCAAGUUGAAAAACUGGUGCUUCACAUUCUUGAACUAUUUUGAUCAUUGAACGUUACUUCUUGAAUUGUAUAGCUUUAGUGGUUCAUUAAAGAGGAAAGACCCUUGCUGCUGCAUACAGAUCAGAUGAGAGAGAAAACAGUGCUCUGCUUCUGUUGUAAGCAGUUUGGAAGCUAGAAUCUAGCUAGCAAAUAGGAGAAAUUUUAAAAGACAUUCUGCCUAUAUGUUUCGAUUUGAUAGCAUUUAAAUCACAGGUGUUUCUGGCUUUUUGUUUGGGCUUUCGGUGUCCUUUUAGUGAAUUGUUUCCUGUGAUUGGUUUUGCCUGGGGUUCCACAGGUCCUUCCCAGACCCACCCACAUCCAUCAGCCAAUUAGCUUCCUGCUUGGUCAUUUGUGUCGAGUUGCAUUGUCAAUCCUCAUGCAUUUAGCUCCUGGUAUUUUCACCUCAAUUAGUUUUGUUUUUUUACCCCAUUUGUACAAGUUCACAAGUUAUAUCUAGUUUCACCUCCACCCUUGAAUUCUACAAAUCAAGCAAAAGAUAUUCAGUAAGACAUUUAAGGCAAAUAAAACAAUGUGAAAUUGUAUCAGUGCAGCCAGCUACAAUAGCUCCCUAAACUUGAGAUUCCAACCCGGGACAGCAGCAACCUUUUUGUGUUUGCAUCGUUGUUAAGUGGCAGUGUAAUUGAACUUUGACUGAAAUAAAGAAGUACAGAUGUAGCUAAUAAUGAUUUUAAGGCACUUUAUGUUGUAGUUUUACUGUAAAUGUGAUUUGUUUUGUUUUUGGGGUUGAUGGUUAUUUUUGCAGGGGAAAUGGGAUUUCAUGAAGAUAGUUUCAGAUAAAUGCGAGUAGUUGAGGCAUGCAAUGGGCAGUAAAACAAACCCAAAAAUCUAUUGAAUCGAUUAAAUAAGUGACCUCUGCAGUUUAGGUCGUGAGACCUUACAUUGGAGAUGAUGAAACAAACAUGUUUCCUCAUUUAUAUCGAACAGACCUUUCAAAAUCGGCAUGGACGGAGGACCACACUUGUUGAUCAAGUUAGACAGUUUGCUUCUCUUGACGUGUGCCGAAAAAUGUGCACCAGUGCAACUGCCAGCUUGUAGGGACGUUACUCUUGCUAUCAGGACUAGAUUGAAAUGCUCUGCAAGAUAUUGAAAUGGACAGCAUUUUAAUGCCAGAUAUCUGCUAUAUCAUGAGGGAAAUAAUUAGAUUAAGUUGGAGCCAUAGUUAACAAUGCUGACCCUAAUGACUUUAAAACCAGCUCCAAAAUUUCCGUUUGUCUCAUAUAAAAUGUGAUACAAUAGGUUAAAAUAGUGACAGCACAUUAACAUAAAUUGUGCUUUUUUUUAGCCCUCUGCCA